AUGUCAUCGAGACCCAGAUUGAUCUCAAUUGAUGCGUUUUCCAAGACGGUCGAGGAUGCAAAAGUGAAAACCACCUCGGGAGGUAUCAUUACUUUAGUCUGUGCUCUUAUAGUAUUUAUUUUGAUUCGAAAUGAAUAUAAUGAUUAUACUUCGAUUAUAACAAGACCAGAAUUGGUUGUUGAUCGUGACGUUAAUAAGAAAUUGGAUAUCAACCUAGAUGUAUCAUUCCCCAAUAUUCCAUGUGAUGUUUUAUCAUUAGAUAUUUUGGAUGAAAGUGGAGAUUUACAAUUAGAUAUUUUAAAAUCUGGAUUUCAGAAAUAUAGAUUAAUACCAAAUUCAAAUCAAGAAAUUCUUGAUGAUGCUCCAAUCUUGUCAAAUGAUAUCUCUUUACAUGAAAAGGCAAAAGGUUUAGCUGAAGGAGAAACCGGAGAAUGUGGUUCUUGUUAUGGAUCAUUACCGCAAGAAAAUAAUCAAUAUUGUUGUAAUGAUUGUGAAACUGUUCGUUUGGCCUAUGCAGAAAGACUAUGGGGUUUUUACGAUGGUGAAAAUAUCGAUCAAUGUGAAAAAGAAGGUUAUGUGUCUCGUUUAACGGAACGAAUUAAUAACAAUGAAGGUUGUAGAAUUAAAGGUACUGCUCAAAUUAAUAGAAUUAGUGGGAAUUUACAUUUUGCUCCAGGGGCUUCUUUCACUGCUCCUGGUAGACACGUUCAUGAUUUAUCAUUAUAUGAUAAGUAUCCUGAGAAGUUUAAUUUUGAUCAUGUCAUUAAUCAUUUAUCGUUUGGUGCUGAUCCUAAACUGUUACAUCGUUUAAUUCAACAAGAACAAUCAACCCAUCCUUUAGAUCAACAUUUAAUGACCAUUGGUGAAAAACAACAUGUUUUCUCUUAUUAUUUGAAAGUUGUUGCUACUAGAUUUGAAUAUUUGGAAAACAAAUUAGAACCUUUAGAAACCAAUCAAUUUUCGGUUAUAAGUCAUCACAGACCAUUGGUUGGUGGUAAAGAUGAAGAUCAUCAACAUACUUUACAUGCUAGAGGUGGGUUACCGGGAGUUUUUUUCCAUUUUGAAAUUUCUCCAUUGAAAAUUAUUAAUAAAGAACAAUACGCUAAAACUUGGUCGGGAUUUGUUUUAGGGGUUAUAAGUUCAAUUGCAGGUGUUUUAAUUGUUGGUGCUUUGUUAGAUAGAUCAGUUUGGGCUGCAGAAAAAGUUAUUAAAGGUAAAAAAGAUCUUUAA